AUUGGUUGUGCCAUAAUAAACAUCGAUAUUGCCCGCCUUUUAUGUCACGAAUUUCCUGUGAAGACCGCCAAUCUACUUCCCUAUAGAUAUCAUACCCAGCAUACUUUCUAUUUUGACAUAAAAGUGCUAUAGAUUCCCACCUAUCAAAUGGUAGGAUCACUUUCCAGAUCUGAGAUACACGAAAAGUUGUUCGACAUCUGAAAUUGGAAGGCGUCUUAUAAUUGGAAUCUAGAGAAAGGAUCCCGUAUUCGUUACAAUCUAAAGUCUUCAACUCUCAAGCAAAUGCAUUGCUUUUAGCUAUCACCUGCUCUUUAACGCGUGGAGUAAAAAUUGCCGACAUUAUCUAUAGGGCAUUCACUCAAUAUCUCAACACAUCUUUCUCUACUUGGUAUCAACAAGAUUUGUAGUAUUUUUCCCAUCAAACUUUCAUGUACGAACAUCAAUCUAGUUUUGUCAAAGUAUUAGGUUUAGGCAAGCAGUAAUUAAAGAAGUUUUAUCUUCUUUGAGUUUAACAUUCGUUUUCUCAGAGAAUGUCCGAAUCCAGGCAUUUGAGUGGGGUACAGAUUUGGCUUAUGGUUGCGUGCCUUAUGAUUGUUGUUGAAUACUCGACAUGCGGUCUCCUCAAUCAAAUGGACAUCAUCAGAUACAGGAAUGCAGACAAAAAGAGUGGUUUAAACUGCAGACAGUGUUCAGUAAACAAGGAAUAUCUCAUCUCGCACAUGGAUACUUGCAAAAAUAUCUGUACUCGGCCUUUAGGUAAGAGAGGAUUCGAAUCUGAAGAAGUACAGGAUAUCAACAAUGAGAAUAACCCAUCUGUUCUGUCAAAGAAAUGUGUGAUUGAUCCCCUAUAUUAUGCUCUAUCUGAGGAAGGCAGGGAACAAGUCAUGCAGGUCUUGACGGAAUGGCUCUGAUGGGAAAGCUAUCAAAAAGUUACAAAAUUUACAUCUUUUCCAAAAUGUCAGUGAAAUUUGUAGUCAAAUAUUAGUAGAAUGAUGCUUUAUGUAAAUGUUCUAUUAAAAAAAAGAACCAUUAUCAGUACUCUAUAGAUGAAUUUUAGGAGAAGUCUAGACUGUUCUCACUGUAUAUGCGCGAGAAUUGAAAGGGGGAUAUAUCAUUCAAUAGGUUGGGCACAAUCAUAGCUCACAUUGAUGACUGAAAGAAAUAACUCUCGUUGACUUUCAAUUUGAAAAAAAAAACAAUCCUCGGAAAUUAUUUAUGGCAUUAUAAUUCCAUUUACUUGAAAAAAGGGUAUAUAAAUAUCAUUUGCAGAGAAUUAUGGUUAAAACACGCAUUAAACGCCGUGAUGCAUACAGAAUAAUGUUGAUUCCUCCUGUAAAGCUUAUAUCAGAAAAGAAGCCGUAAGGAAAGAACCCAUCCCCAAUAACAAGUAGACCACCAAUAUAUCAAAUAAGAUGUAAAAUAUUAAUCAAUGGUACCAAAAAGUUUCGCUCAAUUUUCAAAUUACCAGUUAUAUGCUCAUUACAGCCGAUAUGCAAUCAAGGGAUCAAUGACGUCUAACACUCGCAUUUUCUUCCGGAAAUUGUAAAAUAUGAAAUAUUUCAUUUGUUUGGUAAUUUUGAUGACUUUAUUUCUCUGUUUAUAAGUGAAAUUGUCUUAUAGUAAUCUAUUGUUAUUCCUUCACGAAUUUUCUUCGUGUUAAAUGUCGAAAAAAAAUUACAUAUCUCAUGAAAUAAAGUAUAAAAAAAACAAUGAAUGUGUGCCACGAUUAACUCGUAAUGUGAACAUUAUUUUUUUUUAAUAAGUCACAUUUUAAGAUGUCAUUAUCUUAUUUAUCUAUCUUUCUUGUAUCGACCUUUUUCUGUGUUAUCGUUAUUUGAUAUUUCUAUAACUGGUUAGUGUCGGUCAGUCCGUCUGAGAUGUACAAUUAUUGAGUUAUUCGAAUCAUACCAAAUUGAUAACUUUAAUAUAAUCAGGAUGAACAAUUAUUUUGAUGUCAAUUUUCAACCGUUUCUUAAAAGAUUUCUUCUUUGCUUUUCGUUUUGGAGAAUGUACGUAAUCAAGAGUUUCUCUGUGCGAAUUUAUUUCAAUUGUAGAAUUCAAAGUCACUGUAUAUGAAAUAAUCCAAAUUUAUAUAACCCCCCCCCCCGAACGAUUUUUUUUUCAGUGGGGUUACUGACAUGGGCUACAAAUUCUCCUCAAAGGUGGGGACACAAUUCAGUUUUCCAUUGUUCUUUUAUACACAUACAUACAUGCAAGGGCACCCCCCCACACACACACAUAUACUGUAUAUAUAUAUAUAUAUGACAGUCAUUUCUUAGCUUUAAUCUUAUAAAAUAACGUAGAUAUAGAAUUAAAUAGUGUGAGCGCGAAGCACGAGCUAAAAUAUUUGGAAAUUUCAUUUAUUUUGUCGAGAAGAUUGAACAUUUUGAGCAAUGUUUAUGAUCCUCAACAAGAUGCAUAUAAUGUAACAAAUAAUUACUGCGAGCGCGAGCAGAAACUUUUAAUAUACGUUCUGGUCUGAUCGAAAAGGGACCUGUUAUCAGGACUGUUUGCAGUUACCCAUGAAGAGCUGAAAAUGUUAGACAUUCCGACCUAAGAACAGAAUUCUGAGCACUUUUUGUAAUCAUGAAUAGGGUAGGAAUAUAACUAUACAAUUGAAGGAAACAAAAUUGAGAUUUCAGACCUAAAAACGGGACAUUAUAAGCACUUUUCUAAUCAUACUUUUCUAAUCAUGGACAGGAUAGGUAUAUACAAUUAUUGAUAUGCGAGCGCAAAGCGCGAGCGGAAACAAAAUUGAGAUUUCAGACCUAAAAACGGGACACUAUUCAUUUUUUUGUAAAUGAGGAAAAGAAUGGGUAAUUGGGUAUAUUCCUACAUCAAUAAUGUGGGCGCGAAGCGCGAGCAGAACAGUUUUGAUAUUCUGAUCAGAAACUUUAUAAUUUAAGCAUUUUUUUUAUAACUGCGUAUCUGAAUAAACACGCGUGCGCUUUCUUAAAUUUAAACCUAGAAUCUGGGCAUCCUAAAUACAUUUUUUUAUUAUGAAAAUUAGUAAUGCGAGCGCGAAGCGCGAGCUGAAAAUAUUUGAUAUUGUGAUCUGAAUAUGAGUGAAUUUAAGCACUAUUUCAAGCACUGUGUAAGAUAAUUCUGAAGUGGGGGAGGGGUGUUCCUACAAAACGUCGUUCAUUUUCAUUACAUUUCUGUCAUAUAAGCCUAUCAUACCUACCAGAUUUCCGGAGGGUGCUGCCUAUAGAAAAUAACACACGCAGCAUCCCCAAGGAAAAUGCUGGGGGUGCUUCACCCCCAGCACCCCCGCUUCCCAGGGCCAUAUACCCAAGCGAAAUCUCCUCUUUCAAAACUACUUCAAUACUAAAUCAUAUGGAGAUCGGAUUACAUGAGCUUCUUUCCCACUAAAUCUAGAAAUAUUCAAUAUACACUUAAGCGCACAUUCAUUUCUGAAUGCCUAAUCAAGUUGAUGUUGGCAACGUGCAUUUAAGUUUAACUCAAACCUUAUUCCUUUUCCCCAUAAUUCAUCACGCUAUAAUUACUACUAAGUUUAGUCAUUUCAGUAGAGUAUUAUGUGCCGCUAAGACUCCUGUUUUCAUUCUUGUAAGAUUUGAAGGACCAUGUCUACCACUUUACUUAUCAUAUUUACUAAAAUUUAUUUCAAAUAUGACUCCAAGUUAAUAACAUAUUAUCUAUGUAUGAAUUUUCAAUAACUUAGACUUGGACUUAAAUUAUUUCCAUGUGUGGUAAAUAAUACGGCAUAAACACUAUAAUGGAAUGUCUUUAAAACUCUCUUUCACAUAAUUUUUUUCUCAUUUUCCCAUACUUAUAUUGUUAUUUUUAACGUCAACUAUAUAAAUCACUAUUGUAAUCUGCACUCUGAGCUCUGGCAUUAACACAAGGAAAUCAAUGUGUCCAAACUUUACUAACAAGUUGUAUGCUGCUUGUUUACUGCUUCCCUUUUUAUGCAUCCACGGUGAAAAAAUACCAAGUUGAGCAGAGCAGUUAGUGUAACGAUGUUACUAUACUUCUUCUUCUGCUGAUGUUUAUAAUGACGAUGACGAUGAUGAUGAUGAUGAUGAUGAUGAUGAUGAUGGUGGUGGUUAGAACGAUGGUUUUAAUGAGAACAAAAAAUAAAGAAAUGAUUAUGAUGGUAUAAUGGUAUAAAUGUUAUAAUGAUAAAGAUGCUACUGCUGCUGCUGCUGCUGCUGAUGAUGAUACUCCUGCGACUGAUGAUGAUGACGAUGAUAAAUAAAAUGAACAUUAAUUG